AUGACCGACGUGCGCCUGCGUGUCGGUCGGGUGCGUGCGCCAGACAGCGUGCUGGAUGCAUCAGGUGGGAGCGGGAGUCUCUCGCAAGAACGUACGCUGCUAGAUAUCCAGGCGGAUGGUCACCGGAUCAUAGCGCCCACUCUCUCGUUCCAUGAUCACGAACGAGCGCGCCGCAUGCGGCUGUGGGCUGAGCGUGGCGACUUUCGCCUUAUACAUGCAGACGAUCUGGACGAUGUCGAUCGAAAGGCGCCACAGAUAGAUGCUGUGGAAGCAUUGCGUGCAGUAUACCAAGACCAUGCACAGCCACCGACAUCUGAGCAGGCGGAGGCCCAGGCCUCUGCGUCGUCUGCACGCCUUGGUACGAUCGCAGAAAGCGAGUUUGUACCUUUACGUGAUAAUUUAUUGCAUCAACUCGAAGUGUCUCUAUUUCAUGCCGAACAGGCUCAAAAUCUGCUCGGUAUGCUGAUCCAAAACACGCGCUCUGAUACGUCGUCGGUGCUCGCGGCUCAGAGCGAAUACUUUCUCGACCCGCACGCUCUAUCUCUGAGUGCCUUGGAACGCGCUAUACCAGAAGAAAGCAAUGCCCCGCCACGGCCACUUUCUGUUUCUGAACAAAAAUUGAUUCUGCAGGAAAAGCACGCCUCCAUACGAAACGCUGCUCAGAUCCUUGUGCACGGUGCUGAUGAGAUGGAGCAAUGCCUCGAAUCAGAGCGCAGUCGAUGGCAUGGGCUGCAGAAAAUUCAACGGCGCGGCUGGAAACUCACGCCUGGACGCCCCCUGGUGGAUAUCGAGCGCUUUGAUACACAAACAGUGAAACACGACGUGUUACAAGGAUUUGGCGUACCCAUUGUGCAAGGCAAUGGCUCUAUAAAAGAGGAAGGAGCACGCGAUGCAUGGAUCGGGUACGGGCCUAGCGAGGCGCCCAUUAGCGUCUUGCAGCGUACGCUGGCCUACUGGGCUGAUGCGCCUACGCCAGGGCCGCAUCUGGCUUUCCCUGAUCGUACAUGGCGCCGACUGCAAGUCGAGUUCCACGAUCAUGCGUCCAAGCAGAUAUGGAAGAGUGAGUCGACACGUGAGACACGUUCUGACGACGCCGAUCUCGAUGCACAGCUGUACGACGCCCAACUCGAUGUGGUAGAUGCCGAACUGUUUCGCGAGCUGACUGUCCAGUCCGGUACGCUCUCGCCAGUCCUCGCACGCACCAUAUCUGAUCAUUGCAUAUCGCUGCCGCUUUCCUCAACACUCGAGAUGCGGUUCGUUUUGGUGCCGUACGAUGAAUUGAGCUCAGGCGAAGAAUCGCCAUGGCCCACAUUGCUUUUGCACGUGCUUCGACUGCGCAUGCUGCGUGGAUGGACAGUACGUAUUCGCGCCAUGUGGGACAAACGGGCCGCUUCGAUCGCGCUGCAUCCACCCAAAGUGCGAUUCGCCCUUAUGGCUCCUUUAUGGGAGCUCUAUGAAUAUACCCUCUUUCUCUCGCGACUUCGUGCCAUACUGGAUCAAACGCUGAGCGGAUUUGAUAAUGCACGUACUUUAUGGGAGCCUUACGGCGCGAUCCACGACGUGCAUCAGUGGAUCUCCCAUCUACUCGAUCUGUCGACGUCCAACGAUGAUCUAAUUCCGGUGGGCGGCAGUGUAUGGAUAUACUAUGGCUCUGUCAUGAUCGCACACUUAUCGCUGCGUGCACCCAGUCACAUGCUCGCCCAUUUCCCCCAUCAUGCGACGUCACAUGGUACUGGUGUGCGAAUGUCUGUCGAGCUGGAAAGCCUAGCGCCGUUCCUUGUGUCUGAGUGCUCGGCGCUGGCGAGUGCAUAA